UCGUGGAGACUACAGCAAGGUGUGCUUCUCAGAAAUCCAUUCGUACCCCUAUAGGGCUCCCCCGAUCGUCACCAUGUCAUCCGUUCCCAACGCGCAGUGUAUCACCUCAACGGCGGUGAAUCGCUCGCCUCAACAUCAUCCAAUGUAUUUGCGUGUGUGGCGUGUUGCUGCAUUUUUUGCGCUCCUCAACCAUUCCGCAUAAAGAGAAAGAGAGAGGCUUCUGAGAUCGAGUGCUUUCGUUGACGGCGUCACACAAGUUUCGAUGGCGUAACGCUGUCAUUAUCAGUAGCCAAUGCCCAGGGAGGAAGCGUAUGCUCUAUAGGUUUUUCUUGCACAGGCAGCGCUGUGGAGACCUGCUCUAGGGAAGGGUAAGACAUGGCUUAAAAAUGCUGCUCCGUAACAUGCACAUCAAGCGAAUGACCGUCGACGCUUGCGUCGUCCUCGCCCUGUGUUUCGCUCUGGCAUCCGGCAGUGAUCUUCAAGCAGAGGUUCUCGAAGAAGUCUCCCAUGUGCUCGGCGAGUCUUCCUUCUACACUUGCAAGCAACCUCAAGGUACUCUCGGUAAAUCGAUUUGUUCUUGUGACACAUCUUGCAAUCGAUACGGGGACUGUUGCAUCGACAAUGCUGAGGAUGUACCACUUGAACGUCAUAUGUGUACACGGCUAGCAAGUCAUGGACCUCACGUCCGGGUGAAAGCGUCAUGUGGAGGAAGACGUGUUCCAUCGUGGAUGAAAGAGAGAUGCGAGGGAGAAUUUACUGGCGACUUCCCUGAUACGUCGUACCAGUUCAACAGCGAUAUUCCUUCUUUCCACAAGCCGUCAGGGGUCCUGUAUCGAAAUACUUACUGUGUAGAAUGCAACGGGGGACGACGAGACGAGGCUUACAACUGGCGCAGUAAACUUGAUUGGGUCGGACCGUCACCGGGGAACGUGAGUGCUAGUAGCCAACGGCACAAGAUGAUGUAUAACGCCGAACGAGGCGUUUAUUGGAUGAAGCACGAGGGUAUUACGUACAAUGCUACAGUUCAAAGUGCAGUGUUUGGGUGGAAGAAUUUUACGCAGACAUUCAACACGACGGAGUGCUCUCCCGUUGUGAAUACAUGUCCCAAAGGAAGCGACCCUGUGCUCGCUCAGAAAUGUGCACUGUACGCUGCCUAUUAUACCCCGAACGAUACGGUAGAAGUGACUUACAAGAACUACCAUUGUGCCCUCUGUAAUGGAGUGUCCCGUACAACGGUUGAGCAAGACGGCGAGCUGGCAAAAUUCAUUCACUCGGUGAUAAUCCCUUCGCGUAGAAAACCUGCUUCCUUUACCUCCUCAGCACAGCUUGGAGGGAAAUCGUACUUUCAGCUCCUACUUGAUCUACCGACGCCUCACACUGGAUGCGGAGAAGGUCAAAUAAGGGUGCCAGGACUCAACUGUUGUCAAGCGUUCGGCUGCGAACCGGGUGCUGUGAAAUACCAUGACGGUUGUCGAGGAAAUUCCGGUACCUAUGCCGACACCUACGUCGUGCUUACAGAACAGCAAGUCACCAUUCUCCCAAAUUAUUCGCUGUACUCAAACUUGAGCGGCAUAAGUGUGAAGGUCAAUGAAUACGAAAGAGACAGCUUCACAGGGCUUAUCGUCGCGCGCGUCCCACAUCACGCACAGGUUGUGCCUGAUCCAAUACUAGAAAAGGUCGCAGAGGUCUCCUUAGGUUUUAGCAUCAUAUUCUUGCUUGCACUCAUUGUACUUUACGUAGUCUCGCCGGAUCGUCGAGCUUCGAGAGCUGGGAGGGCCGUUCUCCCUCUCUUGGUGUCCACUGAAUUUGCGCAAGUUUUGCUUCUUGCCAGCAAACACAUACAGCCGUACACAAUAGGUUGUUCCGUUGUGGCAGUCUUCUUACAUUAUAGUUAUCUCGCUUCUUCUUUCUGGAUGACAGUACUGGUAUAUCGUACUUGUCACUCGAUAUUAACAGGCUGCAAAGCUGUCGACGCAGUAGACGGCAAGCAUCCGUCAGUGUGGAAGUCGGUUGGGACUUUGUGGAUGUGGCCGGUGUUGGUAGUGGAAGUGGGCUAUGUAUUGGAGGUAUUCUUACCAGAAGCCACGCUUAGUCCUAACUACGGCGGUCACCUGUGUUGGAUCAGUAGCCAAGGAGGCUUAAUUGCUUUCUUUGGGUUUCCCAUAGGGGUUCUGAUGGUAUUCAAUCUAGCCCUGAUCACCUUAACAGUAGAAGCUCUAAAAUCUUCCGGGCAGCGCGGCCGAGAUGACCGUAGGAUUGCAUCGGUUAUUGCGCUAGCUCCGGUGUGUGGUUUACCUUGGCUGUUUGGGGUUGUGGCUGCUCUGACCUCGGAAUGGUGGCUCUGGUAUACAUUCACUGUCUUGCAGGGGAUACAAGGGGUUCUAUUGUUUGUUGUAUUUGUGCGCAAGAAAAGUGUGAUUUCAGACCGUAGGCGACAGUAUCUCUCGGCGGAGAUGGAAUCGGGGCAGGAAACAUCGGGCCCAGCUUCUGAACAGCCCGAGAGUUCUCCCAUGCUCGGGGACGAAGUGCUCCCUACAGCUGCCUCGAAUGAACCUGCGCAGUCGCUGUUACCAAGACUGGGGGUUCCUGUUGAUGAGGAGGACACGAAAGCGAAGGCCUCAACGGAGAGUCAGUGCUAACUGGACUCUGGACUGUGUUGUGAGCCCUUCAUGUCAUCGCAUUUCUCAAUGGCGUUUCCAGUGUACAUACUAUUAUCUUGUUGUUCUGGGCUUUCCACUUUUGUGAGAUUUCGCCAUGUGUUAUCGCAUAGUUGCAUUUUUGUUGGUUCAAGAUCCAAAGCGCGUCUGUGUAUGAAUGAUAUGUGGCUUUCAUGAUGCGUAGGUAUCCCUGCGUAGGUAUUGCAGAUAAUUUACCUGUAUAGUUUUAUUUUUGUCUUUAAUUUAUGCCACGUUUAAUUCAUUGUUUGUAAAAUCUACUUGUAUCUUAAGUUUAUCUUAUGUUUUUCAUUUUAUUAUCUCUGUUGCCUUCCUGUAUCUUUAAUUUACCGUAUGUUCCAUUUUAUUAUCUGUAUAUAAUCUACCUGUAUGUCUUGUAAUUCAGUUUCAAAUGCUCCCCCCCCCCCCCCUCAUGUUGUACUCACUGACGGGGCCUGAAACAUAUGUGAGCAAUAAAUAAACUUUGGAGUGUG